AUGGUUCAUAACAGCGAGGAGAGUGACCGCAUGGGGAAGUACUCGUGGAAAAAGCACAGCUCCCCCAUCCCCCGUGACCUCACCCCCCCAUUCUACUCCCCGACGCUAGCGCACAGCUCCCCCAUCCCCCGUGACCUCACCCCCCCAUUCUACUCCCCGACGCUAGCGCACAGCUCCCCCAUCCCCCGUGACCUCACCCCCCCCCCAUUCUACUCCCCGACACUAGAGCACAGCUCCCCCAUCCCCCCGCACAGCUCCCCCAUCCCCCGUGACCUCACCCCCCCAUUCUACUCCCCGACGCUAGAGCACAGCUCCCCCAUCCCCCGUGACCUCACCCCCCCAUUCUACUCCCCGACGCUAGAGCACAGCUCCCCCAUCCCCCAUGACCUCACCCCCCCAUUCUACUCCCCGACGCUAGAGCACAGCUCCCCCAUCCCCCGUGACCUCACCCCCCCAUUCUACUCCCCGACGCUAGCGCACAGCUCCCCCAUCCCCCCGCACAGCUCCCCCAUCCCCCGUGACCUCACCCCCCCAUUCUACUCCCCGACGCUAGCGCACAGCUCCCCCAUCCCCCGUGACCUCACCCCCCCAUUCUACUCCCCGACGCUAGAGCACAGCUCCCCCAUCCCCCGUGACCUCACCCCCCCAUUCUACUCCCCGACGCUAGAGCACAGCUCCCCCAUCCCCCGUGACCUCACCCCCCCAUUCUACUCCCCGACGCUAGCGCACAGCUCCCCCAUCCCCCGUGACCUCACCCCCCCCCCAUUCUACUCCCCGACGCUAGCGCACAGCUCCCCCAUCCCCCGUGACGUCUGA